AUGUUCUCCCUACGAUUCCUCUUUUUCGUCACUCUUUUGGCGGCCGUUGUGCUAGCCGUUCCCGCCCCUGCACGCAAGAGGGGUCUCCAGAAACGGUCAUUCAAAGUUCCUAGGCAAAUCAACAGGGCUCAUCCUACCGGACCCAAUGGCGCUGCUGCCAUGAGGAAGGUGUUCAGGAAGUACAACUUCAAGGUCAAGGAAGACUUUAUGGUCAAGGAGGGAUUCAUUUCCUUCACCAAGCAGAGCCAGAACGUGACCGCGGCCGCUGCUGCUGCUACUGGCGGCAACACCACCGGUACUGUUGCGGCUAACCCCGAGGAAAACGCCGCUCUGUUCUUGUCGCCCGUCGAUGUUGGUGGUCAGACCCUGAACUUGGACUUCGACUCUGGCUCUUCCGAUCUCUGGAUGUUCAGUACCGAGCUCGACCCGCAGCUGAUUGGUCAGCACACUGCUUUUGACGCGUCCAAGUCUACCACUUUCAAGGCGACAGCCGGUUCUCAGUGGAAGAUCAGCUACGGUGAUGGUUCUGGCGCUGCUGGUGUUGUUGGCACUGACACUGUCACCAUUGGAGGUGUCAAGGUCGAGGGCCAGACUGUUGAGCUUGCAAACCAGGUGUCUCAGUCUUUCGUCCAGGAUACCAACACUGACGGUCUUGUUGGUCUUGCGUUCUCCAGCCUCAACACUGUCAAUGAUGGUACCAAGAAGACUCCCGCAAAGACCUUCUUCGACAACGUCAUGCCUAACCUAGACAUGCCUGUCUUCACUGCCGAUCUCGACCCAGACGGCACCGGUGUGUACGAGUUCGGCAAGAUUGACGCCACCAAGUUCGAAGGCGAGAUGGCAUGGAUCCCCGUCAAGGCCGACACUGGCUUCUGGCAGUUUGGCUCUACCAAGUUCGCUGUCGGUGACCAGCUGUUCGAGAACCCUCAAGGCUCCGACGCCAUUGCCGAUACCGGUACAUCUCUCCUCCUUGUUGACCAGCAGGUCGCUGAGGCAUACUACUCGCAAGUCCAGGGUGCUCAGCUCAACGCUCAGGUCGGCGGUUUCAUCUACCCCUGCGGCGCCACUCUCCCUGACAUGAGCGUCGCCAUCGGUGACUCCUACAUGGCCAAGAUCCCCGGCAGCCAGAUCACCUUUGCCACUGUUGACGCAGCAAACACGACCUGCUUCGGUGGUGUACAGGGUAACCAGGGUGCAGGUCUGCAGAUCUACGGCGACACCAUGUUCAAGGCGCAGCUCGUCGCUUUCAACGGUGGUAACCAGUCCCUUGGUUUUGGCCAGAAGCCAGUCCCCAAUAUAGCUACAAUGCAAGAGCAAGAGUUGAGCAUCCUCGAAUGGGCGCGAAGGCAAGGCGCUUGUAUAGACUACGAGACCGAGCUGCUGCACAUUGGCAGACUCCAGGUGCCAGCAAGCGAUGAUUUCUAUCAGCAUCUUCACGAUCCCUCCGACGCCACCAUUACUACUGCCCUCAGCACGCUUAUCAAGGAAAGGCUCACAUUGGACAAGGAAGCUGCAUCGCUCCUAAAGGCAGUGCAUUCACUCCAGGAAGUUGAUGCAACCGGAUUGUCGGCCAUCACCAGCCGAACGUCGAUACGCGAUGUGAAACAAGAGCUGCCCGUGUUGCAGUCAGACCAUGAGCUCGACUUGCUGAACUUUGGCAGUGUAGCUGUGCCAGACUUCAAGAACUUGCAAAUACCCUCCGAGAUCACGGUAGAGCAGAACGACGAGGGCUUCACAUGGCCAACCAAGUACUUCUCCUAUCCUGCCCAGUGCGAUGCGCAAGUCAAAGCCGAAAAACUCGCCGUCACGAAGGAGGUAUUGGAAUAUCUGCAAGAAGCUACCAGAGACGCAUAUGUACCGGAAGAUGGCGAAAAGAUCGAAGCCGAAAGUACCAUACGGAAACAGAAACCAACCAUCCGGCCUGUCACGCCACCGUUGCUCCCUCUCUCUCCGCCAAUGAUGCCUUAUAUUCCAUCCUCACCUGCAAAUCGUUUACCUCUGGCUUCGGACAGUAGUGGCUCGGUCACCGCUGAGGCGCAGGCUUUGCACGACCAAAUCAUGGCGGCGGAUUCCCUGCUUCCCGAGGGCUCAGACGGCAGCGACUCAAUGCUACUCGAUAUUUCCCAUACGGCUGCUCUCAGUCCUCUCGAAGUAUCCACCUUACCCAUACUUAAACGCCGAGCCGAAGAUCUCAAAGUAGAAGGCCCACUUACUCCACCGCUGUUUUCCACUUCGCCGACGAAGAAGCUAAAGUCAGUGUCUUUUGCAGACACUCUACAUGAGUAUAGCUCGUACGUGCCAUGGGGUCAAGACGUGAUGACUGGCGAGGGAAAGUCCAGCGUUGAGUCCGACCAGUUCUUGAAAGAAAUCGAAGACCUGGCUGAGGAAGCGAGGAAGAAUGUUGAAAGUGAGAAGUUAUCAGGCGCCGACACGAUUGUAAGAGUGGAUGUACCUGACGCUGACUUCUCACUACCCGUUGCACCAUGGGACGAGUAUAGUCAGCGUAGUGGCAAACAUGGACCUGAUGAUACUGAACUUCAAGCACAAAUGAGGUUCAUGCUACGGAUCAAGCAUGAGGACUUGAAAUCGGCAUCUUCGUGGCAUGGACUUUCGGUCCCGGAGCGAGAGCUGAAAUGGGGCUUUCUCAAUACCAAUGUAUUCGCUCCAAGCCUCGAACAAAAACUACAUGGGGAAUCAGAAAUGACCAAGAUCAUCGCUGAGGUGGAAAACGGCAAUAUUGCGACCAGCUCCACUCAGGUGUGGAAGCGCGAAGGACUUCGGAUCCUUGACGAAGACGAGGACGAGGAAGAGCUAGACCUGAAUGGAGACGAGGAGCGACAGAACAUGGAAGCUUUGAUCCGCAAGCGAAAGUUGGAAAUGGAGGAAGAGAUGGAGGAAAAGCACCGCAAUCGGACGUCCUCACAGCAGGCUGUACGCCCACAAAUCCAGCCGCCCGGGGGCUUGCAGCAGAGCCACCAGUUCGGAGGACGAGGGGCAGCACAGAACUCAAGGACCCGAUCGAAGCAGAUGGACCACGCCUCCAAGGGACUACAAGGGUCCAUGGAUGCGAGCGGUGAUCUGAUGUUUGGUGGAUUUUCAGCGUCGACCGCUCUUCACAAGUUCAUGAAGACGCGUGGAGAGUCUGUGGAGCUAGUGAAGAUCAAUAGGACAGGAGCGCCCGGUUUAAGAGAUCAUGCUCAGUCCAAUGCGUGCAAUCUACCAGUCCAAUCAAGAAGAUCUGCUUCGCUCAGGCCAGCAGUCCAAGGCCAGCAGGCGCAUACCGUCAAGCUACUGCCGCCCACCGUUCCGAGCAAUCUAGCACCUUGCUCUUUCGUAGUCUCUUCGUCCUUACUACAGCAGCGAGGAGUACUGAAAUACAUCGAACAUCUGUACCCAAAAGCAGAAAUGGUAUAUCGGGACUAUACACUACCGCACUCCAUAGCCGGCGAGGCCGAGAUCAUACUCUCUCCAUCCACGGGCCUAAUUUUUACCACUUUACAGGAGGUCAAACAAAGAGCCCUCCCUGGACAGCCAGAAAGAUCACUGGUGAAGGAACGUGUGGCUACGCUUCAGUUACGGUACGAGAGAUUGGUGGUUUUGGUAAGUGAGGGGCUGAGCCGUGAGAUGGAAGAACUGGGCUCGAGUAGGCCAGAUGACCCGCGUGAUGCGGAGGCGCUCAAGAGUUUUGAGCAGUUCGCUAGCAAAGUAGAGGGCGAUGUUGUCGUUCGGUAUGUCCGCGGAGGGGAAACAGCUCUCGCGGGCUCCACGGUGGUGGAGAUGGCAAACUACGGACUGCCCCAUGGCUCAGUGGACAUUGGCGACAUCAAGCCUAUGGCUCAGGAGACGAGCUGGGAGGUCUUUCUUCGUCGAGCGGGACUCAACCCAUUCGCCGCUCAGGCAAUCGUGGCGUGGCUCCAAAAACCCUUGAAUGUGCCGGUGGCUCCUACUCCACCCGUCAGAUCUGUGUCAGCCAUUGGUCUUCCGCGUUUUAUACUGAUGAGCGAAGAAGACAGGGUGCGUUCGUUCCAGGCAUUGAUGGGUGGAAGUAGGCUUCUCAUUACAGCUAGCAAGUUGCUGGACCAAGCGUGGGUCAGCGCUGCGCAUGGAUUCAGGAUACGAGCGGUCUCGGACGCGUCGAACAUGUCUUCAGUCGGUGUCAUCAUCUCAGGCCGGCCUGUCGUAACCGAGCCGUCCUCGGUGAUAUCGCCUACCCAGUUCGCGUUCCAGAUUCCUUCGCAACCGUCAUUCUCCCACAUUGUCGUCUUCCUGCUCCCAGGCGUCACACUACCAGAUGGCACCGCGGCCGCCGUAUACGCGCAAUUACCGGGCACGACCGACUUCAAGCUUCUCGGCGCGAUCGCAAACGAGAAGCCCAGCGCGAUAUUCAAAGUGAACGCGAAAGCUGGUGGACCCGCGGGUGGUGGUCUAGGCGACAGCGAUGAUGCCAUGGUGGACGAGGGUGUUUCAAUGGACGCGUCAAACGGCAGCACCGCACCGCUAGCUCUUGGAAUCGCCGUCGAGCCCGCGCAACAGGUCGCCGCAGCUUUGGCGGAGAAGAAGGCACAGGAUGCCGCGGCGUCAGCAACAUCGAACAUGGGCCAAGGCAACGAGCUGGUGCUUAGAGGGCAGAGGAGCGUAGAGACAAAGGUGUUGGCGCAGAGGAUUAUCAAGAACUGCUACGACUUCUUGACGAGCUGGGGUACAGGAGAUACCGUGCCGCUGAAGGCAUUCCAGGCGUGGUGGACCAAGUUUGAGGGCAAGAUUGAGAGGGAUCCAGGGUUCCUGGAGAGGAGCGAUGGAGGUUGA